AUGAAGGGCCGUCGGGUGCGUGUUCCAGGCCUGCGCUGUGGACCGUCGAGCACCCGAAUGUCCCCCUCAGGCGCUGGGUACAGCGUGACGAGUGACCCUCCGCUGAGUCACUUCAUGUGCAAGUUCAGAGGCGGGUGCUGCCCGUUCAGCGUCUUCCUUGUCGAGAGCCGUUACCCAGAGACUUGCUGUGUGGCCUGGGGGCGACCCCUGCCCCUUCCGAGCCUCAGGUUCCCGUGGAGUUGUUCCCUGCCGGUGCCAGCUCUGACAUCACCCCGCAAGCCUGCCACGCUGGCUCCUACCCAGCCACACGGCACCUCUGACCCAGCCCUGAGCUCCCAGCCACCCCAAAACGCGGCCUGUGGUGCUGCCGCCGGUGGAACCGGUGGUGGGAACAGGUGCCAUCCCUGCUGGCCUAGGAGUGACCCCGGGUCACAGUGGGAUGGACGGCGGGUGGAGGCCUGGAAGGACCCCGAUGCUGAGCUUCGGCGGCAGGUUCAGCUCCGGGAGGUUCGACUCCCCGGGCUGAUGGCUGUUGUCAGGCGGGGUUGCCCCAAGCGGCAACAUUGCAAAUUCAAGUGCCAGGACCCAGGCAGGCUCCUUCACACAGUGCUGACCCCAGACUGUCCUUCCGGUUUGUCGUCAGAACGUCCAUGCACCUGCUUCUGUAUCAUUUGUUCCGCCCACGCCCGGCUUCCUAACCCAGGGGUCUGCGGACAAAAGCUGGGGGCCCCUCGAUGGGGAUGGGGGGCAUGGCCCUCCUUGUUCGCACUGACCUCUGACGGAUGGAGCGUUUUCAACACAUCGCAGUGGGGGACUCGCACCUGCAGGAGCGCAGCUCCUUCCCGAUCGCGGGGCGGUUGGCGCUGAUACUCAACACACCGACCGUCUCCUCCGUCUGAAAGGCCUGUGGUGAGGACGCGGGUCUGUGGACCUGUGACCUCAUAGA